ACAUGGCGGUGGAGAGUACAAUUUGGCUGUUCUGUCUUCUUUCGCUGUUUUGUGGUCCAUCCAAGCAAGAAAAGCCUGUUUCGGUGGAGCUGAGCUGUGGCGCUGGGCCCAGCCAUGUAGUGUUGGAGCCAGGUUUGCCCCUCUUGCUGGACUGCAACCUUGGGGCCAGCGAUACACCUUUCAAUGUCACCUGGCUUCAUGAUGGCCAGCCUCUGCCUCCAGAGGGGAGUAACUUCCUGCAGUAUCUGGCCAACGGAUCCCUCCUCCUGCUGCCGAUCUCUAAGUCUGGCCAGCCUCCCCAGGGCAUGGAGGGGGGCUACAGCUGCAUGAGUGCCAGCGCCAUAGGAGCCCUGAACAGCCGGACUGUAAAUGUUCUUCUAGCAAGUCUGUCGAAGUUCCAUCAGGAGCCAUCACCCCAAACGGUGCCCAUUGGGGGAUCUGCUCGCUUUGAGUGCCAGAUUGAGGGAGUACCCACACCUCUUAUUACCUGGGAAAAGGACACAGUGGCUAUGCCUGAGGACACCAGGUUCAUUUCCCUUCUUAACGGGGUGCUGCAGAUUCUGGAGGUGACCAAGGAGGAUGAGGGCGCCUACCGCUGUGUUGCGUCCAACUCUGCCAGGAAGGACAUCAGUCAUGAAGCCAGGCUCACUGUCGCCACAGGCUCUGCUGAAGCCCUGAACAGAGUUGCGAUUGUUGCACCACCUCAGAAUGCAACAGUUGUGCUCGGCCGUCCUGCUGUGAUGGAGUGUAUGGCACAAGGCAAGCCGAAGCCACUGGUGUCCUGGAGCAGACAAGAUGGAAAGCCCAUUUCCACUGAUGUGGUCGUCCUCGCAACAAACCUGGUGAUUAGGGACACGAGGCGUCACCAUGCCGGCGUCUAUGUCUGCCGGGCCAACAAGCCCAAGACCAGAGAGUUUGUCACUGCUGCUGCCGAGCUGCAUGUGCCUGCCCCUCCAGUGAUUCUCCAACCUCCAGAGACAGUGUCCCUCUCCCGGGGAAACACAGCCAGGUUUGUGUGCAACAGCUCUGGGGAACCUCCUCCAGUGUUGCACUGGCUUAAAGACGGGAAGCCCAUCAGAUCGUUCAGACGGGUGAAGACCCAAAGCCCCGGAGUCCUGCUCAUCAACCAGCUGGCACUGGAGGAUGCGGGCUACUACCAGUGCAUAGCAGACAAUGGGCUGGGCACGGCCUGUGCCACUGCCAAGCUGACGGUCAUUGUGAGGGAAGGUCUUCCCAGCCCUCCUCGCCACCUGUCCGUCACGCCCUACUCAAGCACAACUGCCUUGCUCAUCUGGGAGAAACCUGAGUACAACUCAGAUCAAAUCAUCGGCUACUCUGUGCACUGCCAACGUGCUGCAGGCUCAGAUAAUGUGGAGUACCAGUUUGCGAUGAACAACGACACCACAGAGUAUCAUGUAAAAGAGCUUCUCCCCCAUACUGCCUACACAUUCUUUGUGGUGGCUUACUCUCCCAUGGGUGCCAGCCGCCCAUCCCUGCCUGUUACGGUAGAGAUGCUGGAGGACGUGCCAAGUGCACCUCCUCAGCUGUCUAUAGCCAGCACCUCCCCCACAGACAUCAGGCUGAUGUGGCAUCCGUUGUCGUCGCAGCACAGUCGAGGAGCUGUUACCCGCUACCGCAUUGAGUACAGCACUCUGGAUCAGGUGGACGCAGUGUUCUCAGUGGAAGUCGGAGGUAAUGAGACUCAGUUCACACUAAGAGAGCUGCAGCCCAACCAGGUCUACCGACUGAGGAUAGCAGCUGGGACAGGCAUAGGCUUUGGGGUUCCCUCUGAGUGGGCCCAGCACCAAACAUUAGCCCACUACAGCCACAGUGACCACAGCAUGGUGAUCUUUGCCCCCACUGAGCUUAAAGUCAGAGCCAGAGUGAACACCCUCAAUGUGACAUGGCAUCUCUCGCCCAAUCACACACUGGUCUCUGGUUACAAGCUGUCAUGUCGAGAGGUGGAGGCCGAUGAAUCAGCCAAUGGAAAGAGGACGACACAGACCCACACUAUCAGGCUCCGUAAGAAGGCCAGGUAUCACCUCCUCACAGGGCUUGUCCCGGACCGGCAAUAUGAGGUGAAAGUUUGGGCGUUCAACAAGCAGGUAGAUGGAGCAGCUGCUGUGUGGAAGGGAAGGACAGACAAGGCUCAUGACAGAACGCCACCACCGCCCAUGCGGCCCCCUCCAUUGCCCCCGAGCAGCAUCCAAGCCAUGGCCAACAGCUCCACCUCCAUCUGGCUGCGCUGGGAGAAACCAAGGUUCAGCAACGUACGCAUCAUCAACUACACAGUGCGCUGCAGCCCAGCGGGAACCACCAACGCCUCCCUGGUCUCCUAUUACACCAGCUCUGCUCAGGAGAUACUGCUUGGGGCGUUGAGGCCCUUCACCCGUUAUGAGCUGGCGGUGCAGUCUAAUGGAGUGGACGUGGUGGGACCCUUCAGCAGCACAGUGGAGGAGUCGACUCUGUCUGACCGGCCCUCCACGCCUCCUGAGGAGCUGCAGCUGAGUGCUCUGGACUCCUCCUCUGUGCUGGCGAGCUGGCGCCCUCCGCUGGAGCCUAACGGUAUCAUCGUCAGCUACAGGAUCUUGUUCAGUGGCAACCUCAGUCAGCCGGAGCACUUGUGGGAAAACCUCUCUCAGGAUGGGAGCAUUACCAGUGUGGAGGUCCAGGGUUUGUCCAGUGGCACCCAAUACUUUUUUAAGCUGGGAGCAUCUACUGAGGUUGGACCAGGGCCUUAUUCACCUGUAAAGGAUGUUCACAUCCCCCUGCAGAAAUAUGAACUGGACAUCCAUGCAGUGACAGGCAUCAUAGUCGGUGUGUGUCUGGGACUGAUAUGCAUCCUGCUCUGCAUGUGUUUCAGCUUUCGUAAUGGUAAAUCCAGAGAGGUGUCUGGGGUCCUGGAUUCUACAGCUGUGACCCCUCACUACAGGCGAGGGGGCUGCCCCGUUCCUUCCAACGUGCCAGAGUGCAGCGAUAGCCACGAGCUGGAGACACUGAUGCCCCCAGGCAGCCAAGAGUCUGGUCAGCCGCUAGAAGAGGCCCCAGAGGAGCAGAGCCUGAUGGCAAGUGCUAAUCCAGGGGAAGGGGAGGAUGCCCCUGCACCUGAACCCAAGGCUGCUUGGAAUGGCUCUGUGAGUCAUAACUGGGCCAACAGAAUCACAAGAUACAGAGACACCAUAACAGAAGACUCUCCAUCACUCAUUAAUGGAGCUCUCAACAUGCUAAUUACUGAUAACGGCACGGACUUAGAGGAUCGUCUGUGUACAUCCGUGUGUAGUAACCAGGUGGAGGCAGAAGUCAUUGUUCACUCAGAGCUGUCGGACCGAGGGGUGGAGAAAGAGGAGGAAGACGGCAAACGAGAGAAGGAUUCUAACAUCACCAGGGGACCCUCAUUAUCAGAGGACAGAUAUUCCCCUUUGAGUCAGCCGAGCCCACGUGCAGAGGGGGACAGUCUCGAAAAACUAUCACUGGCUGAAAGCCCCUCGAGCUUUUCCUUGAUGAAGUUGGUGGCUAAUCACAACGGAGAGCUACAGGGCACAGUAGGCCAGCCAAGCGCUGACAUAGAGCCACAACAGGACAUGGGGUUAACCAAUGGCUUCCACUCCCCAAAAAACGUGCGUUCUGCGCUGAGGUCAGAGCAUCUGGAGAAUGGGGACUCCAGACACUGCCCUUCGGCACCAGGGAAGACCAUCUCUGCUGGGCUGUCCCCUGCCCCCUUUGUCAGCUCGGGCCUUGUCCACUCUACCUCAGCAGCACACAGUUAUCUGUGCCCGUAGCCCCUGCAUGUAGGGCGUUGACCCUUACACAUACAGACGUCAGACUGAUUUUUGUUCUUUCACGUGCCCAGGAAGAGUCCAUGAGGAUUAUUUUUAUGCACCUCAUUACUGGAUUCCUGUCUCGUCCUUGCAAAGUUUUUAUAGGUACUUUGAAUCCAUUGUUUCAUACUUGUGUGCAUACAUACAGUACACAUACAGUAUAUUUUUAGUGGUUGAGUACUUUAUAUGGGUAUGCAUUCUCUAGUAUUGCAACCAUAUUUUCCUCUGGGGUUUUUUUUCCUGUCUGUGGGAAAGAAAAGAAAGAAUGAACUCACAUAGUGGAUAAGUGGAUUGAAGGAGGCUAUUCCC